AUGUACCUGGUCACGGUCACAGGGAAUCUGCUCAUCAUCCUGGCCACCAUCUCAGACCCCCACCUGCACACGCCCAUGUACUUCCUCCUCUCCAACCUGUCCUUUGUGGACAUCUGCUUUACCUCCACCACCAUCCCCAAGAUGCUGGUGAACAUCCAGAUGCAAAGUAAAGUCAUUACCUAUGUAGGUUGCAUUAUACAGAUUUACUUUUUUGCAUUAUUUGUAGGGCUGGACAACUUCCUACUGGCUGUGAUGGCCUAUGACCGGUUUGUGGCCAUCUGCCAUCCCCUGCACUACACACUCAUCAUGAGCCCCAGGCUCUGUGGAUUUCUGGUGCUGGCAUCCUGGGUCACCGUGGUCUCCUUAUUCUAUUGCACACUCCUGGAUGUGUAUCUUAGUUCUUCUAUUGCCCAAAAUGCACACCCAAGUGCCACAGCCUCUGUGAUGUACACUGUGGUCACCCCCAUGCUGAAUCUCUUCAUCUACAAUCUGAGGAGUAAAGACAUCAAGAGCACUCUGAAAACACUCUUUGAGAAACUAUAA